AUGCAAGGAACCGCCGCCGACGGAGAAGCUUUGGAUUUCGAGCCGGAGGAUGAUGACUUGAUGGACGAAGAAGGUGCUCCUGAUGCCGAAGCUUCACCGCCUCAUCCCAAGCUCAAAUCCGCCAUCACCGCUUCUUCGAAUCUCUCCGUUCCCAAAAAAACUAAAGGUCGUGGUUUCCGUCAGGAUUCUGAUUCUGCCGCUAACCGUAACUCGCGUCUCACUGGUUCCGGUUUUGAUACUCUUACUGCUGAGGGCGGUCCUGGACCUCAAAGAUCCAUUGAAGGAUGGAUUAUUUUGGUGACCGGUGUGCAUGAAGAAGCUCAAGAUGAUGAUUUGCUAAAUGCGUUUGGUGAAUAUGGAGAGAUUAAGAACCUUAACUUGAAUCUUGAUCGCCGUACUGGUUUUGUCAAAGGUUAUGCACUGAUUGAAUACGAGCGUUCUGAGGAAGCACGAAAUGCAAUAGAGAAUUUGAAUGGAUCUGAGCUUCUUACACAAACCAUUUAUGUUGAUUGGGCUUUCAGCAGUGGACCUAUUAAUGAGUCUGUUAAAAGAAAGAAUGCCAGACCACCUCAGCGGCGCUCCAGGAGUCCUCCUCGGAGGAGAUAUUGA